AUGCUCACGCCGCUCGACUGUCAGUGCGGCGACGCUCACGAAGCCGAGCCAGAGCCCAGCGACAUAGACGAGCGAAAGGAGCAGCCAGCUCUGUCUCUGGCAUAUCAAAUAUGGCAGCCCUGGCGUCUUCUUGUCCUGAAUCCCGUGCCAGUGCUUCUGGCUUUCGUUGCUGUCAAUGCCAUCUUCGUGACACUCGGAGCACUGUUACGCUUUUUGGCUCAUUUGCUGACGCUUCCUGGUCUUCUACUGGUACUAGUACUGGGACUGGUACUGGCUAUCCGUCGAGUAGCCUCACUGUUGACUUACCCUGGCCAAAUCAAGUUGGUGAUUCGAGAAGGUGAAGCCAGCUUUGCUCGGCUGACCAAACACCGGCUUCAGGUUUUCGCUGAGGCAGCUCUGGAGCUAGUGACGGUGCUGGACCCUAUUGCCAGCAAUAGACCAACGAGACUGCGCUUUCUACAGGCCCACCAGAAUUUUACUUUUGCUCUGGAGACGAUGGCGCUGCCGAUCAUGGAGUCACUAGAGAUCCUGGAACGCGACGGACGGUUGGGUAUCAAUGGGGAGAAGUUGCUGAGUGCAUUGCAACAGAUUGUAAUGCUGAACUCGCAGCGGCUGUCCGAGCCCUGUUCAAAGUUGUGCUCAGCUUCGGAAAAGACGUUUGAGCUGCAAAGGUGUGAGCUGUUCAAUGAAAGAGAGGCAGCUGAGCCAGUGUCGAUGCAGACUACGGAUGAGCAGCCAAGCAAGUUGUUAAAAGAGGUCUCAAGUACUAUGCUGGAGAAGUCGACGAUAAUCGACACGGUGUCUCCGGUAGUAGAUGCAGGUGUAGAGCCCAUGUCCGAAGACGCUGUCAAUCCACUGGUCACAUUUGCAAUGGCAGUGCGACAUCUACAGAAUGCUAUACUGCUGAUCGGGAGAUCCAAGACGGAUGCGCCGGUUGCCAGGAAUUUGACUUGGAUUGCUAGGGAGCUGUGCCAUCGAUCGGCACCAGAGGUCGACAGUAUUGCUACGCUCGAUAUGCUUCGCGCUGAUUUGAUCGUGCGCUUUAAAGCCGAGCAGAUCUGGAUCCCAGGUUACCAGGGUCACCAAGUAGAUGCAAUGUUAAUGCCGCCCGCAUCAAGUGGCCGUGAUGCUGUCGAUCGCCCUGUUAUCAUGUUGUGCAACCCGAACGGCGGGUUGUACGAGUUUCAUCACCUACAAAUGGACUGGAUCAAGUUCUACACUAGGCGUCUAGACUGCCAUGUUCGCGUGUACAACUAUCGCGGGUACGGGCGCUGCAAGGGUUCGCCAUCUCCUGCGAUGCAUAAUCUGGAUGGACUGGCGAUUGUAAAUUAUCUGAAGAACGAGUGUGGAUUUGUACAAAUAGCAGUCCAUGGCGAGUCGAUUGGUGGCCUUGUCGCUACAUACGUGGCUUGCACAUCACCUCACGUGAACGUGCUCAUCGCAGACCGUACCUUUGCCACCGUGCCGGCCCUUGCUCAGCGUAUGAUCGCGAGGUGGGCCGGAACUGUGGUCGAUUGGGUCAUGCGUUGGGACACGGAUAACGUGCAAAAGUACUUGGACGCGCCCUGCGCGAAAAUACUGUGUUCUGAUCCGUCUGACGAGAUUAUACUGGAUGGAGCCUCGCUCAAGUCUGGCGUUGCACUAAGUAUUGAAUUAAGCGACAAGACGUUUGACCUGCCCCGCCAAUCUGUAGCUGACGGCUCUCCUGCCUCGACGGUAUCACCUGUGAAGGCCGUGUGCAAAAGUGGUAUCGGCUUUGGUCCCUGUAGUCCAAGCGUUGUCAGCGAAACUGCGAGCCGUCCAGUGGUAGGACAACCGUUGACAGAAAGCAUGGUGCUUCGCUUUAGCGAAGCCGUCUUAUCUGUUGGCAGACGUGCGCUCGAACACGAAACUGGUCGCGAUAACGAACAACGUCGUGGACACGAAAGUGGUGCGCUUGAAGAGACAGAACCGUGUGGCGAUACAUCUGCUGCUGCUGCGACUGGCUCGAGUGACGUAGCGAUUUCUGUGGAUGAUGCUGUUGCUGCAAUAGUCGAAGAGAUUGCCGCGGUCCCUGAGACGCAGCCGAUACUUCGUGCGGACCUCGUUGAAGCGUCUGCCCCAGUUGCGUCAACUGUUCAAUUUCCACGCGAGCUUUUGGCUGUUGUUUGGAUGCAACUCGCUCGUUUGGAUGGUUGCUGUGGUCAAGUACUUCUUCAAGCUGCAGAAAACGGUGGACACGACAAAAUCCGCGCGUGGACUGCGUCACUCUUGACAUGGGGUGGUAAUUUGGCUCCUGAGCGCCGAAGAGAGCGUUCAUUGGAGCCUUUUGAACGAGGUGGUAUUCUCAUCGUGCCAAUCACGAUUGCUGAGGUACACGCUGUGCUGCAACAUCUUGCUGAGCAGCACACGUCUCUUAAGUAUGACUACGAUAUCAACUUCGUGAUGUUGAUGGUUGAGUACCUUGAUGACGCAUUACAGCUAAGAUGGCGUCAUUUAGAUAGCUCCACAACUGAGAAACGCGAUAUAGCAAGUGAAUCAGUGCAAAUUGACAAGAAAACUGAUACGAGAGCUGCAGCAGAGCAGAGGAAGACGGUCAUACCGCUAUUUAUUAACACGGAGGAUGCCAGGCUGGGCUGUCUUCUACCUCUGCGUUGCGGCCACAACAAGAACUAUGGAGACACAGAAAAGCAGGCACUGAUUGGCUUCUUGCGGCACGUAGGAUUCAUUGGAUCUGUCAAAUAG